AAAUUCAUGCAUCUCCGUAUUGGAAUGAAAGUUGACCUUUGGCGAGCAAAACACAAAGAAGCAAGCACAUGGCAUUCUCGCUUAUUCUUUGGAUCAAGGUGUCAGUAUCCUAGACACAGUAGAAAUUUUCCAACUAACAAGGAAAAUCGAGAGACAACUGAUCUUUAUAUUAGCAGGUGGAUGCAAUCAAAACCAAAAUGCAAGGCAAUACUUGGUACUCGAGCAUCAGAGAUCAUAAAGCUUGCUCCUUUUUGUCUCCAUUUAUCAGUCGAGGGGGAGUCACCGAUGAACGACCCACAAUUGCUGAUGGAAUCCUCAUUCACCGCUGCUAAGGAGUUUGAGGAGGACCAGAGAGGAGACGUCAGUUCUUCCUCCUCCGCUCAGUGUGACCAUUCUCCCUGUCCCCCAACUCUGAACUCUUAG